AUGAUCCAGGGGAGCAGAGAAAGAAGAGAUCAGAGCGGGUGGCAUCCAUGGCAUUUCCUUAAAAAAAGUCCAAGUGUGUUAUGGGGCCUAAAAGGGUUGGCAACCCCAGAUGUAGAGGAAAGGGGGGGGGCUAGCUUGUUUUGACAGGAUUUCCAAAGUGGUGGUGGGGACAGCACAGUCCACUGGAGUCGGUAAACACAUUUUGUUUGUUUCUUUCAUUUCCUAAAGCCCCCCAUAUCAAGAUGUACACAGGAGUGCAAACCAGGGCAGAAGAGAUGGCUGAGAGGAGAACACAACUGCUGCUUUCUGUGUGAAGACUGUCCUGCAAAUUACUUCCAGAACAAAAACGAUCCCCAUGAAUGCACCCCAUGCCCUAGAGAGAAAUGGUCUCCUCCGCAGAGCACCACAUGCUACGACAGAGCGUUUGAAUACCUGGAGGUGACCGACACCCUCCCCAUCAACAUGGUGGCCUUGACGGUCUUGGCCAUGGCCCAAAUGGCCGUUGUCACCGGCAUUUUGGCCAAGCACCGCGGCACCCCAGCCAUGCGCUUUGUCGGUGGUUUCCCCACACUCUCCAUUGUCCUCUCCUCAACCUGCUUCUGCAGCAGCUUCUACUUAUUCGUCAUCAAGCCCACCUCGAUGGUCUGCAAGCUCCGGCAGCCCCUCUUCUUCUUCAGCUUCACCAUCAGCUUGGCCACACUGCUUGGCAAGACACUCCAAAGCUCAGGGCUCGGCUGGACCUUGAAGAGGCCUAAGCUGAGGAAGCACCUGAUGGGCCUCUGCAUUCUCCUCAACAUAGCCAUCCAGGGCCUCCUUUGCCUCGUAUGGUAUUUCUGGAACCCUCCUUCCUUGGAGGAGAGCACCGAGCUGGAGAAGACCAUCCUGGUGCAAUGCCGGGACAGCUCCUUCCCGGGCUACAGCUCGCUCCUAGCCCAUGACUUUGGCCUGGCUGCCGUCUGCUGCCUCUGCACCUUCAUGGGGAACAACUCAGACCAGAGGAAUGACAAGGCCGCCAAGUCCAUUAGCUUUGCAAUGAUCCUCAUCCUCAUCAUCUGGACACUCUUCGUGCCCACCUACGCCACCUCCCAAGGGAAGUUUGUCUCCCUGUUCCAGGUCUUUGCUGGCCUGGCCAGCAUCUUUGCCAUCUUCGGCUCCUACUACUACCCAGUGUGUUACAUCCUUCUCUUCGCACCCCACAUGAACACGGACACCCACUUCCGCUGCCUGCCCCAGAACCCUCCAGCAGACGGCAAGCCAGAUGCUCCAGAAACCAAGUAACGUAGGGAGAAUAGCUGUCAACCGUCCCUUAUUUGGCGGGAAAGUCCCUUAUCACAGUGCUGUGUCCCGCUGCUGUCCCUUAUUGAUGAUGUU